AUGGCGGUACCAGUGUGCUCACUGCCGACCAACAUGAACAGCACCGACAAGCUGAAAGUGAUACUCCUGUGCGGCCUAGUAUUAUCGGUCGUAGCCGAAGAGGCGAAGAAGACCGAGUCUAGCGCCAAGCCCAAGGAUGAAAAGACGAAGCGCGGACUGGAGCUGAGUCUGGGUGAUCACGGUGGUUUCGGGGGCGGCUUCGACGGCGGUUUCGGCGGUGGAUUCGGCGGCGGCCACGGCGAAAUAAUCUCCACCGAUCACAUCAAGGCGGUGACGGUCACGAAGCACGUGCCGGUGCCGCACCCAUAUCCGGUGGAGGUCACGAAGCACGUGCCCUACCCGGUGAAGGUGCCGGUCAAAGUGCCCGUCGACCGUCCGUACCCGGUCCACGUGCCGCAACCGUACCCGGUGGAGGUCACGAAACACGUGCCCUACACAGUGGAGAAGCACGUGCCCUACCCGGUCAAGGUACCCAUAAAGGUGCCCAUCAAGGUGCCCUACCCGGUCAAGGUGCCAGUCAAGGUCCCGGUCGAAGUGUCGAAACCAGUGCCCUACCCGGUCAAGGUACCCGUGGUCGUCAAGGAGCCCUACCCCGUGGUCAUUAAGGGCCACGACGAGGGCGGUUUCGGCGGCGGUGAUUUCGGUGGAUUCGGCGGCCACGACUUUGGCGGCGGUGAUUUCGGCGGAUUCGGCGGACAUUAUUGAGGAGAAAAAUUGAAAAGCAUGAGAAGAAACGAAGGCCUCAACGUCUUCCCCCUUUUUUUGUUUUGACGACUCACGGCCCAGGAGACCGGGAGAUCUAUUCGAGGGAUCGAUCGUCGAGGGAUCGAGGGGGGCGAUCGGCAGCAGAAGCUGCCCACAUCCGUUUUUAUAGUAUAUAGAAGUCAAUGUACAAUGCGCAAAUUCUGUAAUCCUUCGCGAUCCUAUCCUCCGAAUUGUACUAUACACCCCGUAAAUGUAAAAAUGAAUAAAGUAUUUUUUUUUACAUAA